GUUGAACCCUCAGCGGUUGGGGUCAACGUACAGACAGUAAGUACAGGUAAGUCACCCCCCCUCUGUCCUCUGCCCCUCUGCCCCUCUGCCCCUCUCAAACCCGAGGCUGUGUGAAGCUUGGUUUAUUAUGAAAGUGGAAUUGAUCGGUCCGUGACCCCGUGUUGGCUUCUGAGUAACUUAUGUACUCAGGUAGUUAGUUAGUUAGUACUCCAGUGGAAGGAUAGUCCACUCACUACCAAUUCCGACCCCGGUCUGUUGCAAUCAUCCCAUCCCAUCCCACCUUAUUCCCCUCUUCUCCCUGCAACUACACCUUUCCUUUCUUCACGACAUCGUUACGCUUUACACACAUCCACACACACCCACCCACACACACACAACCCAAACAUGCUGUCUCUACGAGUAGUCCUGCCCCGGACGGCCUUCCGCAGAGGCUAUGGCACCGUGCAGUCGACCUCGCCCAAUGCCGCCGCCAUUGCCUAUCGAGUACCCGUCGUGCUGCGGGAGGCGAUUGAUGCCACCACGCCUCGCACCAACUGGACCAAGGAGGAGAUCCAGCAGAUCUACGAUACCCCAUUGAACCAGUUGACAUAUGCUGCGUCUCUGGUCCACCGCAAAUUCCACGACCCCUCAGCCAUCCAAAUGUGCACCCUUAUGAACAUCAAAACGGGCGGGUGCAGUGAAGACUGCAGCUACUGCGCGCAAUCCACCCGUCACAACACCGGGCUGAAAGCCACGAAGAUGUCGCCCGUGGACGAGGUGCUGGCGGCGGCGCGUACGGCCAAGAACAACGGCAGCACGCGGUUCUGCAUGGGGGCGGCGUGGCGCGACAUGCGGGGCCGCAAGACCUCGCUCAAGAACAUCAAGAGCAUGGUGAGCGGGGUGCGCGCGAUGGGGAUGGAGGUGUGCGUGACGUUGGGGAUGAUCGACCAGGCCCAGGCCCAGGAGCUGAAGGAGGCCGGGCUGACGGCUUACAACCACAACCUCGACACCUCGCGCGAGUUCUACCCCAGCAUCAUCACGACGCGCUCGUACGAUGAGCGGCUGCGCACCCUGGCUAAUGUGCGUGACGCGGGGAUUAAUGUCUGCAGUGGGGGGAUCUUGGGGUUGGGGGAGAAGGAUGAGGAUCGCGUGGGAUUGAUCUAUACGGUGGCCAAUCUGCCCAAGCAUCCCGAGAGUUUCCCCGUCAAUGCCCUCGUGCCCAUUCCCGGCACCCCCCUGGGGGAUCGCAAGAUGAUUCCCUUCGAUCGUUUGUUGCGCACGGUGGCGACGGCCAGAGUCGUCCUGCCGGCGACCAUUGUGCGGUUGGCCGCGGGGCGCAUCUCGUUGUCGGAGGAGCAGCAGGUCGCGUGUUUCCAGGCGGGUGCCAAUGCGGUGUUUACGGGGGAGAAGAUGUUGACGACCGACUGCAAUGGCUGGGAUGAGGAUCGCGAGAUGAUGGAUCGCUGGGGUUAUUAUCCUAUGAAGAGCUUCGAGCGGGAGGGGUUGGAGGAGGCUGUCGCCCCGGGGGAGAAGCCGGAGACUGCGCUCCCGGGGGAGAAGGCUUCAGAGACGUCGGCGCAGGUCGCGGCCCCUUUGUGAAGAUGGUGAUUGUGCGUGGUUCAGUUUAGAGAUCAAAAUGCAAGGGUUGUGAUCAGGGUCCGGUCAAGGUUGAAUGGUUGUUACUUGUAGUGUCCUGCUAGACCCAUAGUGUCCACCACACCCAGCCUAUCUUCUAUGCCCUCACUCUCAUCGGUCUAUGCCUUCCAUCAGGUAGAAUCUGCUGUCAACGACUCCCUCUC